AUGGCGGCGGCGGGGAUGAAGAGAAAGCAGCAGAGGCAGCGCGGAGCUUCCGCUUCGGGCUCAACGGCGGGGGGCGCAGCGCGCAAGAAGCGCAAGGUCAGUGGGGAGUGCGGGAAGUGGGGGGAGGGAGAGCGGCCGAGCUCCCCAUCCCGGGGCGCCGCGUGGCUGAAUUACUUGGCGACAUGCUCUCCCCUUUCGGCCGUCGGGCUCGUUUAAGGGGUCCCCCCUCCACUGCCCUAAGCAAGUUAUUCUCACGGGGGCAGAGACCAAGGGUGAGGAGGGUGGUGGGGAUAGCACCACGUGCUCGUUUCCAAAACAGUAAGGAAUAGGGUGGGAUGAGCACCAGCAACUGUGCAGUGAGCCUUAGCAAGUUUACUCGCGAGGAAGUUCACUGGUUUCAGUCGAGCAUGUUGCUCUUUUCGCUAGCGGCCUUAAGCGGUACUCGAGGGUGCCUCGCAGGCUUAAAUUACUUGUUAAAUAAGCAGUAGGGGUCACGAUUCUGUCGUUUGAGAACUUGCCAUUGGCUUUGUACUUCAUAUCCGUACUUUGGUAGUUAUGAGAAUCCAGAGAGAGAAUUUUGCAUGUAGAAUGGGUUUUGGUUGCACAAUUAGUCAGUUCUCCAGCUACUAGUCAUUGGCCAUCUUUACCACUUAAAACUCCUGUUCCUCAAUACUGUAUAGCAAUGCUUCAUCUUAGUAGACUUGCAAUUGCUUUCUGAAAUGAUUGUUUUACUUCCUAGCUCCCUGCUGCCGAUGAGAAAGCGUGGCAGAAAGCUGGCUCUAAGCUGAAUGAGGAGAUUUCCAGCGAUUCUGAACCAGACACGUAAGGAUAUGCAUUGGUCUCCCUCUGUAUCUUAGAAGGAAAGAUGCAUGAUCUUGAAUAAAGAUGCAUGUUCUCAGAAAAAUGAAUUCAGAGAACCAGACUUGGUAUGAAUCCCCUCCCUAAGGGGGGUAAGAUAAUAAGAGAGUUGGGUGAGAAAAUUGUGUUCUCCUUGCUGCAAAGCAGGCUGUUAUGUUCUUGUAUAGGUCUAGACAUUUGUGUAAUACUUUGCAGUGUAGCUCGUAGGGAUUCUUGGAACACAACCCUUUCUUGACCCUUAGGGGACACUGUGGGAGAACUCCUCUGAGAUUGUGAGAAUGUUAUUUCUAGCUAAUGGAUGAUUGUAAGAGCCUUAUGGGUUGUAUCUUUCCCACCUGUAGCCCAGCAAGAAAAAGAACAAUGAAGCAGCAGAUGAAAUUGAGGAGACAGCACAAGAAAAGAAACUAAGAUUAGCAAAGUUAUAUCUGGAGCAGCUUCGACAGCAAGGUGAGAUGUUGGAUAUGUUGUGAUAUAACAUGACUGCAAACUCUGUGAAGUAUUGUAAAACAUCAACCAAGAUGGUUUUAAAAAGUAAGAGAAUCUGGAAUGAAGAGUGAAAGCUCCUAUGAGAAGCUCAUGGUCUUUUUUUAAAAACAUUGAUGUAGAGGAAAUGAUUGCAGAAAUUUACUAAGACAGUAUAGCUUAGCUUGCUGACAUAUCUCAACUCUUUGACUUUUAGAAUCUGCUUAAGAGAAGCAAUUUUUUAAGAAGUGUGUUGGGAAGGGAGAUUGGUUUGGGGUACUUGUUCUCCUCAAAGUGUCUGGAGUGGCCUGUUUGGGGUCAAUUCCUGUGGUUAUGCAAACAAACAACUCUGAUUCUCUUUGCCACAGCCACUUUAUCUGAUAAGCCAGCUUUUGCCAGGGAACUGGUACACCCAGCAAUUUCAAGUGGCAGCCAUGCAUUUGUGGGAUAUGUACAAAUUGACCCCUAGUACCUUGACGAAUGGCUCUUCUAGGACAGUAUUCUUCAAUCCUUGGGUUGGUGGACUGAACUCCUGUCAUUCCCCAAUUAGUUUAGUCAAUGGCUGGUGAUGGUAGGAGUUGUGGGUUGCAUUCAGGCAGCACUUUAUUACAUUUAUUACAUUUUCUUUACUUUGUAAUUGCUGUGUGUUACGUGAUCUGGAAAUCUAACAGAAUGUAGUGGAAGUUUCAUGCUGAUUUCCAUGCUAAUUGCUUCCAGAAAAAAAUAGUUUGUGUUGUAAUUUACCCACUGUUUGUCACGCUUCACACUAUGUGAUGAAAUUUAGGAUGGUUUUCCAGCCACGGCAAUUCUUUCCCAUAGUUUUCAUGGGUGAAUCAGGAACAGAAACACACAUGUACAUCAAGACAUUCACAUGUUCAAUGACAUUCACUCUUUGAAGCCUUGGGUCUUAUGCCCUGUUUGUAUGUGUUUCCCUGAGCAGAAGAGGAAAAAGCUGAAGAAGAGGCCUUUGAGAAGGACCUGGUUGCCGGCCGGCUGAAGGAAGAUGUGGUGAGUAGGAUACUGUACUUGGUAAAAAGGUGCUGGGCUUCAGAAGGGCAGAGGAGAGGCAGAUUUUCUCAGCUAAUGAAUAAGCUUUAAUGGGGUAUUUUCAUUAGAGAGUAAAAGAGAAAUUCCUUCCACGUUGUAGCUGCUGACUGGGGGCUUGGCCCCUUCAACAGGCCCUCUUCCACAUAGUAGCAAGAAGCUGGUUGGUAAGCAGGAAAAUCAGCAGUCCAUAUAUGCCUACCCAUGCUUGCCUUUCAAACAGCAAGUGGAAACGGACAGCAAGGGCUGUUGUUGAUGGUGUGUGUGUGUGUGUGUGUGUGUACACAUACAGUUUCCCACUCCUAUCUUAAAGCAUAUUUGUAACUACAGUCCUCUAAUACUUAUCUCUACACUCAUGAGAGCUGGAAACAUAAGAUUUUUAAAAAUUAAAGAUAAGACCUAUCAGUUCUGUUAAUUUUGAGCAGUGUUGCUUGCACAUUGUUAAAACUACUUGGGUUUUGGGAAGCGGGAGAGAGGAUUCUAUUCCAUCCAAUUUUAUUUUACUCUUCUCCCAUAGCUUGAACAGAAAGGAAAAUUGCAGCGACAAAUUGCCAAAAUCGUAAGUAGAUACAGCAUCCCUUGAGCCUUUCUUCCUGCAGGAUUUCAGAGCAGCUAUAGCUCUGUUACUUGAAGGAGAGGUGGCGUAUUAAUUUACCAGAUUACACAUGGCACUCUUUCUUCUACUACGUGAGAUUACUUGGAGAUUUAGUCAUCAGCUUUUAAAUGAAAAUUGUUCUCUUCUCCUUGGCCGUUGUAAUGUUCAUGGAAUAGUUCUGCCAGAAACUGUGCAGUUGCCAAAUUCUGAUAGUUUCAAGUUAAUUUUCAAAGAAGUUGGUUAUUUUGGUGGCUCGAUGCUCCAGUUUUAUUUAACAAAUCUGGCUUGGUAUUGGAUAAGAGCAUUUAGUGCUACUAUUCUAUUUAUCUAGUAUGGAAAUAGGAGACAUAAAGUGCCUCAGUUUGCAGAGUCAGUGGAAUGGAAUGUUUCCUUUUCAUACUGAAAAACAGUUAAAGUUUUAUCUCUGGGCAUGAAAUUAUUUGUGAUGCAGCCUCAAAUAUUGCUCUUACUGAUACUCUUUGAACAGUUGCAGCCUCCAGACGCAUCUGAAAUCAGGGUACUGCGUGGUCAUCAGCUCCCCAUCACCUGUUUGGUCAUCACACCAGAUGAUAAAUACAUCUUCUCUGCAGCCAAAGACUGUUCAAUCAUCAAAUGUGAGUCUUAUUCUAUACAAUAUGACAUAGUGUUAAGACUGAGUGUUGAGUUGAACUUAGCAGUAUACAACCCUGUGCUGUUGUUUUAAAUUUCACCAUCUCCUCCUUGUGUGAUCUCUGCUAAUUUCUCUUUAACUACUGUUAGAAGGUACCUUAUUUCGAAAGGAAAUCUGCCACGUUUUUGCCGCCUCAACCAUGGAUUCUACUGCAGUAACUCAACUCCUUGAAAAUGACUGUGUGGUAUUAGCCUUCUUGUCUAACUCAUUUUAGCCCUUGUUGUAUCUUAGGGGAUGUGGAGAGUGGGAAGAAGGUGCAUGUGAUCCACAGAGGAAAGAAGGGGACAAAGGACAGUCACGUUGGCCACACAGCACACAUCCUCUCCAUGGCUAUUUCAUCAGAUGGCAAAUACCUGGUAAGAGAAACUGACACCGCCCCCCCCCCCCCCCGAGAUGGAGGACUAUUUGAGUUCUCAAUUUUUGCAGCUCAGAUUUCACUUUUAAGAGGGAAAGCCAGACAACCCCUCCUCCAGUUGUCCUUAUUGGUCCUCUUAAUCUGCUUGGGUGGGCUUUUGGCUAGCAUGAUGUUCCUUUGGCAGGUAGUUGCUAAUCAAACUCUUGUGUUAUUGGUCAUGGCAGCAUGUGGGUGCACAUGUGGUGCUCAGGCAUUCCUGCACUGUAUAUCUGUCCUUUCACAGGAAUGGAUAAAGUGAGGUACUUCUGUUGUCAGCUGCUAAUAGGGUGGUAAAAGCCUGCCUUAUACCAAGCCAGACCCUUGAUCCAUCCAGCUCAGGAAUAUCUACACUGAUGGGCAGUGUCGCUGUGGGCUUUUGGCUGGAAGUCUUUCCCAGCUCUAUUUAGAGAUCCCAGGGACUGAACUCAGGACCUUUUGCAUGCAGAGCACUUAACACCAAGUGGAGAAGCUACUGGCUUGGAUUUUAGUGUGCCCUGGGCCUCUCUAGAAGCUUGAUCUAAAAAGCCAAGUAGAGUAAAGGGGAGGGAGCCAACCCAGCAGCCAGCAUGAAUUGUCCUUGACUUAGUGGUUGUCUUACUACUGCUGAUACCAGUAAACGUGUACAAUGUUGCUGAAGGGUUGUGGGUACUGAUAAGCAUCUUGCCUUACCUUUUCUCUUAGGCAACAGGAGAUAGGAACAAACUUAUUUUGAUCUGGGAAGCUGCAACCUGCAGCCACCUGUAUAAGUUCACAGGUCACCGUGAUGCCAUAUCGGUAAGUAAGUUCAUUGCCUUGGUUGUAAUGGUGCUGUAGCUUAGGCAGGCACAGAAUUUGGGUGUGGGCUUUUCUGGAUUUCUUUUUUAAAAUGUGAGCUGUGUUCAGCUAUAUCUUAUAGGAAAGAUGGGGGAAAUAUUUUAAAUUCAAAGAAAUUACUGUUAGAUAUAGAUAAAUGCAAGGAUGUACCUUUUAAAAAGAAUUUGGGACUUUUUGCCUGAGGGCAUGUUGCAAAAUAGGUGGUGUCCUACAUUGUGUCGCAGAAAAUAUAUCUCAGCCCUCCUUUAUUUUUUGGGUCAAGUGCCAUGUCACUUGAGUUUAAGCUCUUGUCCCCACCUGUAGCUUGUGCUGGUUGCUUGUUCCAUAGCUUUGAAAUCUGCUCUGGAGAAGAGGCAAAUUAGGUCUGGCAGUGAGAUUCAACUCUGCCAUGAUUGUGAACACCAAUCAAAUCCCUGCCUAUUUUCAUUUUUUUAUGUUUUUAUGAUUUUUUUUAAAUAUAUAUUUCUUUUGCAAUGACUUUGACUAGACCAGAUAAAUAAAAUAAAAAUCCUUCCCAGUCUUGCCUUCUCUUUCACACCACUGUCCCCCUUCUCCUUACUCUCCCUGUUCUCCAAAUGCAGGGCCUGUCUUUCCGGAAGGGGACCCACCAGCUGUACAGCGCUUCGCAUGAUCGUUCAGUCAAAGUGUGGAACGUGGCUGAAAAUGCUUACGUGGAAACUCUGUAAGGAGCCUUUUCCCCCCUUCUUCUUAGUGUGCUUAUGGGUUUACAGAAAUAAGUGGAUGGGAUUACAGAAAUAAAUGCACACUCCACAGCUGAAUCUCAUCUACUUUGCUAUUCCCACACCUGCUUUCCUCUCAGGUUUGGUCAUCAAGACAUGAUCACAGGACUGGACGGCUUGAGUCGGGAGUGCUGUGUGACGUCAGGAGGGAGGGACGGCACUGUCAGAAUCUGGAAGAUCCCUGAGGAAGCCCAGCUGGUGUUUUAUGGGCACCAGUAAGUACUUACAUAGAAUUGGGGGGGGGGGGGGAGACAGGUUGGUGGGCUACGUACAGCGUGUCACACAUCCAGCAAGGCACCCUGUGAUUUUUGCUGUAAGCUGACCUACACUGAGUCAGACUAUCGGUCAGUGUCGACACUAGCUGAAAGCAGUUCUCCUGGAUUUCAGAUGGGAUACUUAGCCCAACCCUUCCUAGAGAUGCUAGGCAUUGAGUGUGGGACCUUCUGCAUGCAAAGCAGCUAUUCUACCACUGAGCUAUGGUCCUUCGCCAGUGCCUAAUGUAUAUAAAAAUAGGACAGGAAUGCUAAAGGCCGGAAAACCGUGUUGUAUGCGCUGGUUUCUUCACAGUGGUUAGGGGCCUAAAUGCAGGACUAUUUAAAAAGGGGGCUGUGAAGGUGAAGGUUUUAAAUAUGGACAUUGUUUGAGGCACCCAACAUACAUGAAACUGCUAAUGCAGGGGAAGAUAGCAGAGAUUCUUUCCUGCAUCAAAACCAGCAUCCCCACCCCCUCCUUGACAGUGACCCCACACCUGUAGAAACGGCAGUUCAUUGGUCUCUAUCAAUGCAGACUUUUAAGUGGGUCCUCAAAACAGAUCUGUAUGCUGUGGUAUUCUCAUGCUAAGGCUUUUAAUUGGGCUGUUGAAUCUGCAACGCUGUUCUACACUUUCAUUUUUUUAAGAAAUAGGACCUGUGGGUUAAUGGUUGUUGUUCCUUGCUGGUAUUCAUUCAUUUAUUAUUUGUAAAGGAUGGCUGUGGACACACAUCUUGGGAGGGCUUGGUCCUAAAAGGUGUUUUUAUAAAUACUGCAGCAUGCCGUCUUAAAAAGAACAAUGGUUUCCUGUUUUGAAUUAGGGGCUCCAUUGACUGUAUUCAGCUGAUCAAUGAGGAGCAUAUGGUGUCUGGUGCAGACGAUGGGUGAGUACUUCCUCAAGCCUUAACAUUGCUAAAUUAGCACUUUCACCCCAUAGCCUCUUCUUGCACAUAUGUCAUAUAAUUGUUUUAUAUUUCCUGAAGGUCAGUAUGCCUCUGGGGUCUCUCAAAAAAGAAACCGCUAACCACAGUGAAGAAAGCCCACCGUCUCCAUGGCACAGAGGGCCUGGAACAACCAUACUGGAUCUCUUCGGUUGCUGCUUUGCUGAACAGUGACCUUGUAGCCACAGGUACUUCAUGCUUUGGUCUCAUUUGCACAUUACUGUAAACCGUAGUUAAGUGUCACUGUGCUUUAAAGGUGAAGGUGCAGUAUGCUGGUGCGCAAUGUUAAAAUGGAAGGCGCUUUGUUUCUGCCUCGCUCUUGCUGUGUUUCUGGGAGCUAAGCCAUGGUUUGGUCUACAGUUACAUCGGAACCCAGGCUGGUGGAGAAGGAGUAAAUUGCCUGCAAAUUUUAUUCCAUGAAUCACCAUGCUGUGCAUCCAUCUUUAAACCAAGAUAUCUUCAGUUGUUUCAGACGCAGGACCUCUUUUAACCCAAACAUUUCUUAAUCUUUUACCAUAUACUUGUAUGGUGCUAGGGCUCCUGUUGUGACCCACAUUGCUUCAGGUAGAGACUCACUAGUGGAUCGACACCCACCAGUUGAAGACUGGUGGUUUAAAGUGAUGUGUGAACCCAGCAUCUGAAACCCUUGCCUUGCUUUUCUUAUUGUGCUGUAGCUAAAAGAAGGGAGGUGGUUGUUUUUUUAAAAAGGCCUGCUAUAGUAAAAGCUAGGGAUGCGGGUGGCGCUGUGGGUUAAACCACAGAGCCUAGGGGUUGCCAAUCAGAAGGUUGGCGGUUCAAAUUCCCACGACGGGGUUAGCUCCCGUUGCUCGGUCCCUGCUCCUGCCGACCUAGCAGUUCGAAAGCACGCCAAAGUGCAAGUAGAUAAAUAGGUACCGCUCCAGCAGGAAGGUAAACAGCGUUUCUGUGCGCUGCUCUGAUUCGCCAGAAGCAGCUUAGUUAUGCUGGCCACAGGACCCGGAAGCUGUACACCAGCUCCCUCAGCCAAUAAAGCGAGAUGAGCGCCACAACCGCAAAGUCGGUCACGAUUGGACCUAAUGGUCAGGGGUCCCUUUACCUUUUAUAGUAAAAGAUAGCUGUGUAUUUUAGGCUGCAUUUCUGUACUUAGAAGUAGGGCUUAUUGAACUCAGUGGGGUUCAAUGCUGAGUAGAUUUUUGGUUGCACUUGUACACUCUGCUCAAUGGGAAGCCUGCCUAUAUUUGGAACAUUGAAUAAAGCCAUACAGUGGUACCUCUGGUUGCGAACGGGAUCUGUUCUGGAGUCCCAUUCGCAACAUGAGCAGAAUGUAACCCCCGUGUACACAGGUUGCGAUUCGCUGCGCCUGUUGUCAUUUUGUGUGUCUGUGCACGCGCAAGUGGCGAAACCCAGAAGUAAGCCUUUCCGGUACUUCCGGGUCGCCACGGGACGCAACCUGCAAAAACAUAUGAAACAAACACAACAUGAGGUAUGGCUGUAUUCUGCUUUAGUCAAAGCCUGCCUAACAGGCGUGGGCUCAGAUACUAUUUCAUGAGGCAUUUCAAGAUCCUUGUUAGGUGUAAGUGGCCCAGAGUAGCUGGGUAAACCCAGCCAGAUGGGUGGGGUAUAAAUAAUAAUAAAAUUACUAUUAUUAUUUAUUAUUUUUCUUCAGAAGAACUAGAUGGUAAUAAACCUCCUAAAGACAAUAAAUAAUCUGUUUGGGGUUUUUUGGUGUUGGGGUGAGCUUUUUAUUUACACAUGUAGAUGAGUUGCUUCACAAACUUCUCUUCUGGGUUCCAUUUAGCAAGGAUGCCAAUAUCCUGGCUUGUGAUAUUGAAAGACAUGGCCGUGUGUGUGGGGAAAACUUCAUUCUAGUCCCUGAAUGUGACAACAAACGCUGAUGCGUUUUUGUUCUUGGCAGGUUCGCACAGUGCCAGUGUGAAGUUGUGGAAGUGUGGAGAGGGAUUCCGGAGGCUGGAGCCACUCUUUGAGAUUCCCCUGGUGAGGAAAUUGGGGGCAUGGAGGAGGAUGGUGUUCUUUUCAUCAGUAGCGUUCCAUUGUAAAUCACAGCACACAGUGUUGUUGAUAGGCUGAAAGUGAACCAGGGGACUUCUUUGCACAGAGCUCACCUUGACCAUGAAUUCUGAUCAUGGCCCCAGCCUUUCUCUUAGCUCCUCCCCUUGCAAUAUGCAGAUAACUAUUCUAAUGCCCCUGGCCCUGUUGCUGCAGGGAUGAUGGAGAUCAUGUGUAUUAAACACUUUGAAGGCUGUAAGUUAAUAAAUUAGUAAAUGCUUACUAAUUGGGGGCAGUUGAGUGGUAGAUAAACUAACCAUUGUGUUCAGUGGUAUAUCCUGCUGAGUAGUCAUGUGAGCUUACUUUGAUAUAGAAAACCCGCCCAGUUUCCAGCAGCUCCAAACUGCACUAUGUAUAGCAGAAUGACCUCUUUAAAGUUUCCAAAACAGCAUUCCCUUUCUUCUGAUAGUGUUCUGGCACAGAGGCGUCAGAAGGAGAGCUGCUAGCUCAGAACUUAAAAGAGUUAAGGAAUCCUUUGAAGCAGUUGCCAUGUUUGCUACUGUACGGAAAACUUUUAGGUUGGCCAUAAGGAAUAGUAAAAUACUGGCUUAAACUACAGAAAGGGGGCAAGAAGGUUGGGACGUCCUGGAAAGCAUGAGUGAAAAAUAAAAUAAAAUGGCAGUAGGACUGUGAUAUAAUGAUCAAGACCCUAUGCCAGCUUGGAAUAUACAGAGCACUUUCAAAACAUCUCAGACUUUCCAUAAUUCUGGUGUGCUGGUGGCUCAUUUGCACAUUUUGGAUGGAGGUGAAAUGGAAACUGUCUGCCAUGUCAGCAUAUCAAAGGGAGGCUUCUAGAGCAAUCGUAUCACUUUGUUAUAUCAGUAAAUAAGAUUCAUGUAGCCUGGAAUCUGAAGUUUAUACCUCUGGGUGUGUUUCUUUCUCAGGUUGGCUUUGUUAAUAGCUUGAAGUUCUCGAAUUCUGGAAACUUCCUAGUUGCUGGAAUUGGACAAGAACACAGGUAUCCCGUACUCCAUUCCUGUUUUAUUACAAUGUGUGCAUGAUUCUGAAUUGCGUUCUCCAUCAUCUUUAAAAUAGAUGUAAAUAGCUUUCUGUCACAGUGGGUCCCCACUACAAACUAUCUUGAGGAUCUCAGUUUCAAGAUGAGAUUAGAACUGCCUUGCAGAAUUCUUAAAUCUCUCAUGGAGUUUGGUAGUACUCCUGAAAAUUUAACGGUCAUAACUUUUUCUGGAUGUUUCUGGAUGAAACAUCUGCUCUGGAUCCAUUCCAGUCCGGCUUCCGCGCUGGUCAUGGGACCGAGACGGCUCUGGUUGCCCUAACAGAUGAUCUUCGUAGACAGCUGGAUUGAGGCGGGUCGGGGCUGCUGAUUCUUCUAGAUCUGUCAGCAGCUUUCGACAUGGUCGAUCACGAACUCCUGGACCACCGCCUUGCCGACAUGGGGAUCCAGGGCACAGUCCUUCAAUGGCUGCGCUCGUUUCUCUCUGGUUGGGGACAGGGGGUGGCGCUUGGGGGGGAAUUGUCAUCACGCCACUCCUUGGUGUGUGGAGUACUUCAGGGUGCGAUACUCUCCCCGAUUCUUUUCAACAUCUUUAUGCGCCCCCUCGCUCAGCUUGUCCGGAGUUUUGGGCUGGGUUGCCAUCAGUAUGCUGAUGACACCCAACUCUAUCUGUUGAUGGAUGGCCAUCUUGACUCGGCCCCAGACACACUGACUAGAUGUUUGGAAGCUGUGGCUGGAUGGUUACGUGGGAGCCGGUUGAAGCUGAAGACAGAGGUCCUGUGGCUGGGACGGGACGAUAUGGGAUUGGGGGGGCAACUCCCAUCUCUUGCGGGGGCGCAAUUAGUGCCAGCACCGUCCGUUAAGAGUUUGGGUGUAAUCUUCAACACCUCCCUUUCCAUGGAGGCGCAGAUUGCAGCUAUAACAAAGGCGGCAUUUUUUCCAUCUCCUCCAAGCUAAGCAGUUGGCUCCUUACCUCUCUCGCCCUGACCUAGCCACUGUGAUCCACGCAACGGUCACCUCCAGACUGGAUUAUUGUAACUCGCUCUACGUGGGGCUGCCCUUGAGACUGACCCAGAAACUCCAGCGGGUGCAGAAUGCUGCAGCGAGACUCCUUACGGGGUCCUCACUGCGAGAUCACAUUCACCUGGUGCUAUACCAGCUGCACUGGCUCCCGGUGGAGUACAGGAUCAGGUUUAAGGUGCUGGUUUUAACCUUUAAAGCCCUAUACGGCCUAGGACCCUUGUACCUACGGGACCGCCUCUCCUGGUAUGUCCCACAGAGAAACUUACGGUCUUCAAAUAAAAACAUAUUGAAUGUCCCAGGCCACAGAGAGGUUAGGCUGGCCUCAACUACAGCCAGGGCUUUUUCGGCUGUGGCUCCGAUCUGGUGGAACACUCCGUCACAAGAGACUAGGGCCCUGCGGGACUUGACAUCUUUCCGCAGGGCCUGCAAGACAGAGUUGUUCCACCAGGCCUUUGGCCAGGGCACAGCCUGACUCCCUCCUUUGGCAAUCUUCAUGGAGCUCUGGCCCAAUGGUUGACAUUGGUUUGAUUUGAAUUAAUUUUAUAAUGAAUGAUUUUAGUGUGUUGUGUUGUGUUGUACUGUUGUACUGUUUUAUUGUUGUUAGCCGCCCUGAGCCCGGCUUUGGCUGGGGAGGGCGGGAUAUAAAUAAAACUUUAUUAUUAUUAUUAUUAUUAUUAUUAUUAUUAUUAUUAUUAUUAGCACUUCUGUGCCCCUAAAGAGAUUUGUUCCAUUUUCCAUGAAAAAUAUGCCUUGCUUAGCACUCUCAUGGGAGAAGUCUCUUAGUGUCUUUGCAAUUCUUAGUGUUCUAGAUUAAACUUUGGUUAAAUCUAAGUUCCUCUGUUUUUAAGGCCAGGAGUGAGAAAUAUAUGUCUCUGUCUUUUUCUUUUACUGAUGAUGGCUUCUUGCACCAUAUAGGGGUUGUGUAAUGUUUACUUGAUUGUUUAAAGUCAGAUAUACUUUAUCACAGCACCUAAAAGGAGUGUAUUAGUAGCAGAUAAAUUUAUUUCACCUGGGUUUUAUUGCAGAUUGGGUCGCUGGUGGAGGAUCAAAGAGGCCAAGAACAGCAUCUGCAUUAUUCCGCUCAAGAAGACUAUAGCAGGAAACUCACAGAUACCUGAUGAAGGCUCCUAA